GGCGCUUUUAUGUCGCUAAAAUGCGACUUAAUGUGCAAACGAGUGCUUUCCGUGCUUUGCUUGGCUUCUGCGAAGGUCUCCUCUUGCCUCUCGAGGCCGAAGGCUGUAGGUUGACCCACAUCCAGUCCGCACUGUCGUCCGUUUGAGUGGACUGGCACUUCAGGUGUUGGAGGAGCUGAAAGCCCGGCUUGUUCGUCACCAUGUCGGGAUCCAGAGACCCAAAUCUGCUAGCUCAGACGAUCGGCUCGAACAUCCAGAGCAUAACGCAGCACACCUCUGAAAUCAAGAGAAUAGUGACCCAACUCGGAACAGACAAGGACACACCAGAUCUCCGACAGAGACUGCAGCAGAAGCAGCAGCACGUGAACCAGCUGGCUAAAGAAACGGAUAAGUGCAUGAAGGAGUUCACCUCUUUACCCGUCGCAGCUGAUCAGCGCCAAAGAAAGAUACAGCGAGAACGGCUUGUGAACGACUUCUCCAACGCGCUGGCGAUUUUCCAGAAAGUCCAAAGACAGGCAGCGGAGAAGCAGAAAGAGUUUGUGGCCAGAGUUCGCGCCAGCUCAAGAGUUUCGGGUGGCUUUGCUGAUGACACAUUUGGAGGAGGUGCUUCGCCUUAUGAGAGUGAGAGCCAAGCUCAAAAACAGAGUUUUGAGGAUGGCAUCACUGAAGAAGAUCUGCAUCUCAUUCACGAGAGAGAGACAGCCAUUAGGCAGCUGGAGUCGGAUAUCACUGACAUCAAUGAAAUCUUCAAAGACCUAGCAGUUAUGGUGCAUGAGCAGGGAGACAUGAUUGACAGCAUAGAGGCCAAUGUAGAAAGCGCUGAGGUGAAUGUUCAGUCUGCCACGCAGCAGCUGGCCAGGGCUGCCACUUACCAGCAAAAAUCUCGCAAGAAAAUCUGCAUCCUGAUCGUCGUACUGGUGGUGCUGGCUGUGAUCGUGGGCCUCAUCAUCUGGGGAUCGAUCAAAGGAUAAGACGUCUCGCUCACCUGGAUCCUCGCAGGUGACUGCUGACAUGCCUUCCGGCGGGAGGACGAGGAGGAAAGCACUAUAUAUGUAUGAGAUUGGCCAAAAGAUUUAGGGCCUGUUUUUUUCUGAGCAUAGACCAAAUCUCGGACUAAAUUACUGUCGUUGGGAAUUGUCAUGAUUGAUAUGUGGCAGUGAAUCACCACAAAGUGACGUUAAGGUUCAGUCAGUUACAACAAGCUCCAUAUGGAGCAGCUCUGAAUCAGAAUUUUCAUGCCCUCCAUUCUGUAACCUUCAGUUAGCGGUGUGCAGGUUAUAUCGUGCUAAUUGGAGGAUUUUAGAUGUAAUCUUUUACUUGCCUUUUUGGCGCCGCAGUGGAUCAUUUCUUUUAAUUAAAUUAAACGAGUAAUCAAAAUCACUAAGUUAACGCUGCUGUCCUGUUGGAGAGCCAAGUCUGAAUGUAGGGUAGUGGCGAGUUCAACCAUUUUUCCCUGCCAAAAGUCAAAGCUUGGCUUUGAUUUGGAUAGUUUCACGGUUAACAUAACGGGAGCCUUUAACGUCUGUUUAGAGGAUGGCUUUAAUUUCAUAGACUUCCAUUGUGUGAAACAGAAACUUGGCGCAAGUUGAAGGAACAGCUUAAGUGCUAUAUAUUUGCUCUGCAGUGUAGCCAUGCUCUGCUUGAAAAUGAAUACAUGAUAGAAAUAGAUUAGUUACUAGUUACUUUUCUGCAAAUGGCAAGUGCAUUUUCAUUCUGCUGUACAAUGGUGGUAAAAGUGGUGGUUGGUUAGUGUAGUGGUUAACACGUCUGCCUUCUACACUGUAGACUGGGGUUCAAUCCCCUACCAGGGUCAGCCCCCUACACUAUACCAAUAAGAGUCCCUGGGCAAGACUCCUAACACCGCCUUGGCCUGCCUGCGUAAAAUGAUCAAACUGUAAGUCGCUCUGGAUUAGAGCGUCAGCCAAAUGCCAUAAAUGUAAAUGUAAGUCUCUUGGCUGUUCUGUGUCAAACUGAUUAUAUUGUAGACUUUUUCAGACACCCCAGAAAAAUAUGCAAGAUUUUCAGACCCAUGGUGGAUAAUAUAUUGCCAAAAUUGCCAAGCUCAAGCUGCAGAGGUUAGAAAUGAAUUACUAUGAUUUUCUCCAGCUGUCAUUCAGUCUUGACUUCUGCCAACCUUCAUGUUGUAGGGAGCUUCCAUUAUCAAUAUACUAAUCGUUGUCCAGCACUUGUGAAGGGAAUUCAUUUGGACUAUUCGGGGCACGUAGGCUUAAUUAAUGUGAAGCAUCUGAUCUGUUUUAAUGUAUUUCACCCUGCCAUGUUAUCAGUGUGGUCACCAUUGUUAGCAGUUCACUUGCCGUAAACAGUCCAUGCAUUCACUAUGCAACACUAGUUUUAAUGUAGCCUUUGAAGCAGAUAUCAUAACUGGGUUUAUGGCCACGUCUGAUGCUUCUCUAAACCAGAAAUGAUCACCGAGUCUGGUCUUUUCCACUUUUAAUUGGGUCAGUCAUUGGCCUUCUGGAAAACGUAAGCAGUUAGCUUGUUGAAAGACUGAAGGAGUUGGCAUGCGAAGGUUAGUGAAUAUCUAGAACAUGAAGUGCCAUUUAAAGAAGCGUCCCAGUUUUGCAUGAGUUAUUGUGAUGCCUUGCCAAAAAGAGAGUAGGGAGGAGUAGCCAGGCUUAGGGAGGAAAGUCACGUCUGAGAGUUGUGAUAACUUUGGUGUCUAAUGCAAACACAUUUCUGGAAAGCUGUUGUGCUUUUUUUUUUUUUCUAAUAAAUUCAGCGUGCAUGUCUUUAUGUCAAAGACAGAUGUCCACAACUUUCCUGCUAGCUCAUUUUGUUCUCCGGCAGGUCCUGGUUUUACUGCAACAUCAAAUCAAGGAUUUAGGGUAGAAUUAAUUUCUCAUCAUUAGUUUUUGCACAGUUCGAAUCUCUUCAGUUUUUAGUUUAAAUUGUGCAGAUUCUUUGAUAAAAUGUAAUCACAUAUAUAUUUAUAGCAGCUUAACUUUGCUUAAUAAUAUAUGCAGCCUUAUCAAGAAAUGUAUUUGAAUCAGAGCAUAAUUUUCCAUGCUUGGUUUAAUAAAUGAUUUAAAAUGUUUCACCUCUUUGUGUUAUGUGCCAUCAAAACAUGAGGUGUGAUGCAACAUGUAGCGUUGAAAAUGAAGUUCUAGCUGUCAGAGACACUUUUUUAUGUUUGUGUUGCAAAGACUAAUCUAAAAGCAAUAAAAGUCCAUUUUUACUUUUG